AUGGGUUUAUUGAUGGAACCAAAGAGACCUGCUGACAAACCAGAGGAUGCAGAGAAGUGGGACAUGGUGAACUCCAUGAUCAUUGGGUGGAUUUACAGCAGUGUUGAGCCAAAGCUGCGUCCGUCUAUAUCUCUUGUAGAUAGUGCAAAGGUCAUGUGGAGUAGCCUUAAACGAAGGCAAGCAGAACUCAAUCUUGAGUCUGUGUACUCGCAAAUCAUUCAGGAAGAACGCCAUCUGGAUGUUGUGCGACAAGAAGAAAAGACAUCUGUUAUUGGACUAUCCGCAACCACACAAACAUCUCAGUCAUCACAACAGUCACUGACUAAUGCCCAAGCUGCUGCACAAGGACAUGAAGCAAGUCAAUGUUUUCAAGUCAUUGGGUAUCCAGAGUGGUGGACAGAAAACAAAAAUACCAAACCUGCAGCUGGCAGAGGAAUGGAGAAAGGAGGAAGAGGAAGAGGUGAUAUGCAAGGAGGCAGAGGACGUGGAGGUCGUGGAUCAGGGUUCCGUGCAUACAACACUAAUGUGGACUCCUCUGGCUCGACUGAAACUCAGACAUCAGGGAUUCCAAACCUCACACCAGAACAAUGGGCCACUUUGACACAAUUCGACAUUAUCAUCGACUCAGGAGCUUCUCAUCACAUGACUGGAGAAAUUAAUCUCUUAAGUGAUGUUAUUUCCAUACCUCCUUGUCCGAUCACGUUGCCUAAUGGGAACAUAACUUGGGCCACAAAACAGGGAAAACUGAACCUUGGCGGACGUCUCUUGCUGAGACAUGACCUCGCCUCGAAGACUUUGAUUGGUGCGGGUGAAGAGCAUAAUGGAGUUUUUCGAUAUUUGGGGACUGUUGCGGCUCAAGCAAAUCACGGACAAUCACUUCAGACUCGAGAUUUGUGGCAUGCACGCAUGGGUCAUCCAUCUUCUGCAGUUCUUUCAGUUUUAUCUUCAGUUGCUGGAUUUGAAAAUAGUGUUGGUGUUUUAGAGAGUUCUUGUGCUGCUCCACAAGCGUUGAAAACGUUCUGUGCUUACACUGAAAGACAGUUUAACAAAAAGAUUAAGAUAGUGCGCAGUGAUAAUGGGUCUGAGUUUAUCUGCCUUCGAGAGUUCUUUGCAGCUCAGGGAAUCAUACAUCAGACUUCGUGUGUGGAGACACCACAGCAGAAUGGACGCGUCGAACGAAAACAUCGCCACAUACUUAACAUUGCUCGUGCUCUACUGCUCCAAGGAAACCUACCAAAACAAUUUUGGGGAGAAAGCAUUUUAGCUGCGACUUACUUACUCAACAGAACACCAUCACGCAUUUUACACAAUAAGACACCGUAUGAGAUGCUUCAUGGACAAUCACCAACAUAUGAGCAUAUACGAGUAUUUGGCACACUCUGUUACGCACAACGGAUAGCACGUGGCAAAGAUAAGUUUGAUGAAAGAAGCACUCGGUGUGUAUUUCUUGGUUACCCUAUGGGCAAGAAAGGCUGGGUCGUUUGUGACCUUGAAACAGAAAAUUUUUUUGUCUCUCGUGAUGUAGAAUUUCAUGAGGAUAUGUUUCCGUUUACUACAACCAAGACAUCUACAACCACAGAUGAUUCACUACCAGUCCAACUCUCUACACAUCCUGCGACAUUUGACGAUGACUUUGAUCCAUUCCAUUCUACGGAAAUAUUGGAGACAGGGGGAGUUUUGAAUACACCAGCAAACAAUGAUCCUGCAGCACUUGACACAACCACAGAACCCAUUUCUCCGACCAUUGCUGAACCACACACAAGUGGAGAACCAAGAUAA